UCAAUCAUAAUCUUCCUCUCUCAAUCUGAAUCCUCCCCGGAGAAAAAUCAGUCAACGGUCAGCGAUCUCGGAGGAGUUUCAAAUCGAGAAAUACAGCUGAGAUCGAGCUUAGGGGGUUUCUCUUGAAACUAAAAGUCAACGGGUGAAUACGCGUCGAGGGAGGGCUCUUUGUCUUUGACUUUUUGGGGGCUUCCUUGUGGUAAGCUCAAAUCGAGGACUCCAGAUCCUUAAUUUGUGGUGGGGGUGUAAAAAGCUUGGAUCUUUCUAUGAUGAGCAUCUUCAAAUGAAAGUUUAAUUUAAGAAGUUGUGAAUGGAACGAAGAUUGAUGAAGAUAGCUCGAUUCUUUUGGCUGGUUCUGGUUUUCGAUUUGGUUCUCAGAACUUCUGGCAACGCCGAAGGUGAUGCUCUGAGUGCUCUGAAGAACAGUUUAUCCGACCCUAACAAGGUGCUUCAGAGUUGGGAUGCUACUCUUGUUACCCCUUGUACUUGGUUUCAUGUUACUUGCAAUAGUGAGAACAGUGUUACCCGUGUUGACCUUGGGAAUGCCAAUCUAUCUGGUCAGCUCGUAACGCAGCUUGGCCAGCUCCCAAACUUGCAGUACUUGGAGCUUUAUAGCAAUAACAUCACUGGGCCAAUCCCAGAGCAGCUUGGGAACUUGACGGAACUUGUGAGCUUGGAUCUUUACCUGAACAAUUUAAGCGGUCCCAUCCCAUCAUCUCUCGGCCGACUGCAGAAACUCCGGUUCUUGCGUCUUAAUAACAAUAGCUUAUCUGGAGAAAUUCCUAGGUCUUUGACUGCUGUCUUGUCUCUGCAAGUUCUGGAUCUCUCAAACACUCGUCUCACUGGAGAUAUUCCUGUUAAUGGUUCCUUUUCACUUUUCACACCUAUCAGUUUUGCCAACACCAAUUUGACUCCCCUUCCCGCUUCUCCGCCUCCUCCCAUCUCUCCUACACCGCCAUCACCUGCGGGGAGUAAUAGAAUCACUGGAGCAAUUGCGGGAGGAGUUGCCGCAGGUGCUGCGCUUCUAUUUGCUGUUCCAGCCAUUGCACUUGCUCUGUGGCGAAGGAAAAAACCACAGGACCACUUCUUCGAUGUACCAGCUGAAGAGGACCCAGAGGUUCAUUUAGGACAACUCAAGAGGUUUUCAUUACGUGAACUACAAGUUGCUUCGGAUAACUUUAGCAACAGGAACAUAUUGGGUAGAGGUGGUUUUGGUAAAGUUUAUAAAGGACGGUUGGCCGAUGGCACCCUAGUGGCGGUUAAAAGACUGAAAGAGGAGCGCACCCAAGGUGGAGAGCUGCAGUUCCAGACCGAAGUUGAGAUGAUCAGUAUGGCUGUUCAUAGGAACUUACUUCGUCUUCGUGGCUUUUGCAUGACUCCAACAGAAAGAUUGCUUGUUUAUCCCUACAUGGCUAAUGGAAGUGUUGCCUCCUGUUUAAGAGACCGUCCGGAGUCACAGCCGCCACUUGAUUGGCCAAAGAGGCAGCGCAUUGCGUUGGGAUCGGCAAGGGGGCUUGCGUAUUUACAUGAUCAUUGCGACCCAAAGAUCAUUCAUAGAGAUGUGAAAGCUGCUAAUAUAUUGUUGGACGAGGACUUUGAAGCCGUGGUCGGUGAUUUUGGUCUAGCGAAACUCAUGGACUACAAAGACACGCAUGUGACAACCGCAGUGCGUGGUACAAUUGGUCAUAUAGCACCUGAGUAUCUUUCUACGGGAAAAUCAUCAGAGAAAACGGAUGUGUUUGGUUAUGGAGUCAUGCUUCUUGAGCUGAUUACUGGACAAAGAGCUUUCGACCUUGCUCGCCUCGCCAAUGACGAUGAUGUCAUGUUACUAGACUGGGUGAAAGGGUUGUUGAAAGAGAAGAAGUUGGAAGCGCUAGUAGAUGUGGAUCUUCAGGGUAAUUAUAUAGACGAGGAAGUGGAGCAGCUGAUACAAGUGGCUCUGCUCUGCACUCAGAGCUCACCGAUGGAGAGACCCAAAAUGUCUGAAGUUGUGAGAAUGCUUGAAGGAGAUGGUUUAGCUGAGAGAUGGGAAGAGUGGCAAAAGGAGGAAAUGUUCAGACAAGAUUUCAGUUACCAAAACUAUAACCAACCGAACACUGCCUGGCUCAUAGGAGAUUCCACUUCCCACAUCGAAAACGAUUACCCCUCGGGUCCAAGAUAAGAUUUGUUGUAACACUAAUGCUUUUAUCUGUCCUUGGUUUUCUACUUCUUAUUCUGUAUUUAUUAAGGGUUUUAGUUUCUGCUGCUCCAUAUUAUUGGUUCUUAAGUGAGUACAUGCAUGAGAAAAAUCAGAAUUGGGGUUUGUAAGUUUUAUAUGAAAAGGGGUUUGAAUGUUCUUGAUAAAAACUAAAACUCAAAACAUUACUUUAAAAGUUAAUUCUUGAGGAUUGUUUGUAAGUUU